CAACAUCCUGCAUAGAACCAAUGGGACUUUACAUGGCCGUCCCACCCGAGACUCAAGCGCCCAAUUCUUUAGGCUGGUUGCUGCUCAAUUUCUCGUCUGAACCUCCAGCGAAGAAAAGAACAUCAUAUUGCAACCUCCACCUCCACAAUGAAUUCACCUGUUUUCUGGGGCAAACACACCCGGAAGGCCUCCCAGAACUAUCAUCCACUUGUCUCUUCACCAGACUCUUCGUAUUCUGAAGGCAGUGAAGCUGAGCUCAAAGUCAUUCCAGGACCACAGUAUACAACGUGGCGAAGGAAAUUGUACGGCAUUAUCAUCUUCUUGGUCGUGUUGGUCGUGGCCCUCGGGACCUACGUUGCGAAGCUCCAUUUCAUGGAAGACCACGGGAUCGGCCCGAAGCCUAUUAAAUGUCUGUGUGGCAGCUCAACUUCUGAGGCGGAGUCUUUGGGCUGCAAAUACGACAGCUUGGCUGCCUGCUGGCUACCAACGCACUGCCGCGACGAUGAACUCACAGCUGAAUUUGAACAUGCUGGUGAUGGACCCAAUGGCGAGUGGACGUAUUGGGCCGACAGUAAUGCAACGAGAGGCAUGACUUUGGAGGAAGUUGGACUUUUGGCAAACUUGCCGAAACCUCAAGCAAUGUUUUAUUCAACAUUUGGCUGGCAUGUUGCACAUUGCGCGUUUUAUUGGAGAAAGGAGUUCAGGAUGAGGGCUAAGGGUCUCAUGUUGGAGAAUCGGUAUGAUAGAGAAAGUCAUGUUGAGCAUUGCUAUCCAAUAUUUAUGGCAAAUAUUCCUCUGGAUGCAAUUGGUGCGGGAUUCGGCGUAAAGCUUGGAGGAGAGAGAGAUGUUGGUGGCCAUGGGCAUGGGCAUAUGGAGAGGCCUUAGAGUUAUGACAAUC